AUGUCAAGUGGCAGGCAAACAGGUAAAACAACUCAUUCAGAUUUAAAAACAGGUAUAUCAUCAGACAAGGCUGAGCAACAGCAAUUGCUGAAGCAUGAAGAGGCUGCAAGAGUGCUCGGCAAAAAAACGAAUAAUCAAGAGCUUAAAGGGUCAUGGACAUUGCGUCUAUUUUUAUCACUGAUAGCAGCUACGCUUGGCUCAUUUCAAUUUGGCUACCAUAUCGGCUGCGUCAAUAUACCUGCAGCGAUAAUAAUUCGAUGGUAUAUGGAUUCGCAUAAGUAUUUGUUCGGAAAAGAAGUUACAUAUGAUGAAAUUGCAAGAUUUCAAUGGGCAAUAACAGUUGGUAUAUUCUCCGUUGGUGGUAUGUUUGGCGGUUUAGCAUCGGGUUGGUUUGCUGAUCGGAUGGGUCGUAAAGGUGCAAUGCUUUUCAAUAAUCUUAUUGCUGUAAUUGCUGCUGUAUUGAUGACUGGUAGCAAAUAUGUAAAUGCAUAUCCUCUUAUGAUUAUUGGUCGUAUUGUCAUUGGAAUACAUUCAGGUUUAAACACUGGUUUGGUACCAAUGUAUCUCACAGAAAUAUCACCAAUCAAUCUACGUGGAACGCUCGGUAGUGCUCAUCAAUUAUUUAUAACAAUUGCGAUUCUAGUAUCGCAAUUCAUUGGUCUUCCAAGUGUUUUAGGCAGCGUUGAAAAUUGGCCUCUAGUUUUCGCUUUCACUAUUGUUCCUGCCAUCUUACAACUUUGUCUUUUUUCUAUAUGUCCAGAAUCACCGAAAUAUAAUUUGAUUGUGAAGAAAAGAUCCGAACAAGCAAAGGCAGAUUUGAAGAAAUUAAGAGGAAAAGAAGAUGUUGCUGCAGAAAUUAACUUAAUGGAAGAAGAAGCAGCGGUAGCCGCUUCAAUGCGAAAGAUUGGUAUAACUGAUCUAUUUAAAGGUGAAUAUGCAUGGCCAAUGUUUCUUGCAAUUAUGAUGAUGUGUGGUCAGCAACUUUCCGGUAUUAACGUAGCAAUGUUCUUUUCUACAAAAAUUUUCUCGGACGCUGGUCUUGGUGAGGGUGCUUUAUAUGCGACUCUUGGCAUGGGUGCAGUUAAUGUUGCUAUGACUCUCAUUUCCGUCUAUCUUGUUGAUCAUCCAAAAUGUGGUCGUCGAAUUUUGCUUUUGGUUGGUUUCAUUGGAAUGCAGAUCGCUUCUGUGCUCCUUGUUAUUUCCAUCUCCAUUUAUAAUUCUGAUAGCAAAAUAUAUGGCUUUACAGCAUAUGCAUCAAUGGUUUUCGUAAUCUUAUUUGUCGUAUCCUUUGCUACUGGACCUGGUUCAAUUCCUUGGUUUUUCGUAUCGGAACUGUUUUCAUCAGCAGCACGUGCUAAUGCAAGCUCAGUCGCAGUCAUGGUGAAUUGGACGGGUAGUUUCUUCAUUGCAACUAGUUUCAUAUUUAUAAAUCAAAUUUUGCAACAGUAUACCUUUCUUAUAUUUUCGGCGAUUUUGACAUUCUUUGUAUUUUUCGUAUGGGUGUAUGUACCAGAAACAAAAGGCCGUACGGUAGAAGAUAUUAAUGCCGAAUUUCGUCUUGGAAAAUCUCGUUUCGGUCGGCGUCAGAGGCACUAA